GGAUGGAUCAUUUUUAACAAACAACAUCAAACAUUUUGGUCAAUUGGAUACUGGGACGCGGACAGAACUAUCUAUCGGAAGAAGAAUAAGUUUUGUUACUGGCCACUUAAUGGUACCGCGGACAGUUAAAACGUCGAACACGCGGACCAUGCCAUCUACCCCUGGCGCCUUCCUACCUUCCUAGGCGGCUUUCAUUGAGGGGUAGGUUGUCUUUCUUGAAGAUAACCAUGUCGCCUGCCUAAAGAUUUCUUGUUGGAAGUUGCCACUUAUUCCUUUGUGUAACUCUUUAUUAUUCUCUUUAGGUAUUCGUCCUUCGAACACGGGGAGGACAUAGAGUCCCCUGAUAGUGAAUGGAAUGGAGGAAUGUCCCUGACACUUCUGCAGAUAAACCUCCAUCAUUGUAAGGCAGCCUGCACUGCCAUACUGCUCCACAUAGCCAAGGGUGGAGCCAAUAUAGUCCUCGUUCAGGAGCCCUCAGGAAACAGGGUAUUCGGUCUGAGGACUCAAGUCUCUAAUCUAUACGUAGCUGAUAACAGAGUUAGCUUCGAAGGCCAGGAGGGCUCGCUGAGGAUAUGUUCGGCGUACUUUGGGCAUGACCAGCCAGACCCCACCUCGUAUGCCCUACGUGCCUUUAUCGCAGACUGCGAGAUGAGAGGCAUCGGCCUGCUGGUGGGAUGCGAUGCCAACGCGCACCACUACCAGUGGGGGAGCUCCGACAUAGAUGAACGGGCAUGACACCUCGCCAACGUCCGUACAUCGCAACCAGCCGAGGGGAUCCAACAGCUUCCGUUGUCGGGUCUGCCGAGAAGUCCACGCGCCUGGAAGUGCCAACGGUUCCUGAAGCUGGCCGCGGAAAAACGUUAACGGGCAGUGCUAAUUAACAAGUACUUCCACAAUUGCCUGGAUCACCAGCGCUCCGGGCGCUUAUGCCGAAACGGCGGCACAUGCCGGGUGUGCGGAAAAGGCCACCAUACAAUCCUCCACCUAAGGAUCCCGUCUGACUUCACGUCCGAAGUAACGCUCUCUUUCAUCAAGGGCAGGCUCGGCACCAGCGAGAUCCCGUGCUCCUCAGACGAAUUUGGCAUCGUUCCUGCAAUUCAGGAGCACCAGCAUCCUUCCGACGACAUGGGUCGCGUUGAUACAGGGGACAAGACCUUUGAGGCUGCCGCACUCUUUGUUCGGUGAACCCAACCAGCUGCAUCAACGCAUCAUUGGCAAUGGACUAUGUGCUUUCCAUCACUCGCGUUGGUACCGAAGGUGCUUGUAUCCCCUUCAUCCAAUCAAGGACAAGGAGCGAUGUCAGGCUGGAAGUUGUGCUGACUGUGCGACCUCAACUCCUGAUAAGGGCUCCGGCGGGACCCUUGGGCGACCAUGUCAAGGACCACUUCACAUCGUGUCAUUGGUACUGGGGUCAGAUGUCUACCCCAAGAUUAUACUGCCGGAAGUGAGCCCAAGCACUGAAGGCUUCCAUGGGUCACAGAACAACGCAUAACGGAGAGAUGAAUGCAAGGCGAUGGCUUUCACCGUGCCUUGGUGCCACCCGGCGUCCGUACAUUUUGGUGGCCGUCCGCCGUUUUCCUCGAGCUCCAGCAGGAAUCUAUCCUGGAGCUCUGCGGCAACUAUGUGCCAUUUGUCCCGAAGGACAUUGCCAUCCAUUACGCCCCUGUCCAGGACGCCAAUGCGGGUUUUGCCCUUCGCCACCUCCUCGAACGCUCUGUUUUGCCCGCCUGGCUUGCUUGGUCUGGCACAAAUUGGCGGCAGGGUCCUCUGCUACUCGCUGCCGCUUGCUUGGGGCCUUGGCUGCGCCCAUCCCAGCUUUGGAUGGUAAAAUUUUAAGUUUGAAAAAAGCCACAGCCACAAGGUACAGAUGUACUACUGA